CAUUUUCAAUGCUGCAGAUUGCACGGCAGAUUAGAACCAUGUCCACGACUGCCACUGCUCCAAAUCCGUUCAAGAUUGCGCUCGUCCAGAUGCUCUGUGGCGCAGACAAGCAAGCCAACCUGGACAACGCUGCGUCCCACAUUGAAACGGCGGCAGACAACGGCGCCAAGCUUGUCAUUCUGCCGGAGUGCUUCAAUUCGCCGUAUGGCACAAAGUUCUUCCCAGAGUAUGCCGAGCCAAUCCCAGGACCGUCGACCUCUGCCCUCGCAGCAGUCGCCAAGAAGCGCGGAAUCUACUUGAUUGGAGGGUCCAUCCCAGAACGCGAUCAAGAUAAGCUUUACAACACAUCCACAGUGUUUGACACGCGUGGAGAGCUGAUUGCAAAGCAUCGAAAGGUGCACCUCUUUGACAUUGACGUUCCCGGAAAGAUUCGCUUCCAAGAGUCUGAAACGUUGACGGCUGGGAAUGCACUGACAGUCGUGGAGACGGAGUUUUGCAAGAUUGGGCUUGCAAUCUGCUACGAUAUUCGGUUCCCCGAGCUGGCCCUGCUGUCUGUCAAGCAAGGUUGUAAAUUCCUUGUCUAUCCUGGAGCAUUCAACAUGACGACUGGACCAAUGCAUUGGGAGCUCUUGGCUCGCGCGCGAGCUGUGGACAACCAGGCAUUUGUUGCCGUAGUGUCGCCUGCGCGAGAUGUUGAUUCUGGCUAUGUUGCAUGGGGUCACAGCACUGUCGUCAACCCUUGGGGAGACAUUGUCGCCAAAACCGACCAUACUCCUGGUAUCGUGUAUGCCGACAUUGACUUGUCUAUCGUGGACGCCGCUCGAAGCGCCAUUCCAGUCCAGUUCCAAAAGCGAACGGACAUGUACAAGGUCGAACUGCAACAGUAGCCAUGUGCGAAGUUUGAUCUCCUCAUUGUACAAGACAAAUCCAGCAUUCAUUAUCACAA